CCCCCCCCCCCGCUCCUCUGUGCUCCCCGCAGUGAGGGUCUUCGGGGGACGGGUCACUUUGCAAAAAUCUCUCUUCCCUUCAAGCCUUUGCAGCUUGGCUUCAAAACAGCACGGGGUUUCAUUCCGAAGCAAUCUUUCCUGUCCAACAGGCUGUCAAGUAAAACAAUUCCGUCUCCCUACCCUUGGAAAAUUCUGGACCCUGGGGCGCGGGGAAAUGCUGGGGAUUUUGUGGGGUUGAGGUCUGGGGGGAUGGGUGGAACUUGUUUUGAUUUUAAUGAACUGCCCUCUUCCUGUUUUGUCCAUGGCCGCCUCAGAAAGAAGGGAUAUUAGAUGGAGAGGAUUUGAAGACAGGAAUCUCAAACCAACCAACCAACCUGUCAAAAUCUAACAGCCACUCCAUUCGCCAAGACCGAGUCUUAUAGGCCUCUGUAUCUUGAAGGAGAACUACCAUUCUAUCCGAACUGCUACAAAAGCUCAUCCUGGCUCACAAAGCACAAAAUUGAAGUGAGAUUGUUGCUGUGACUGUGAAGAGUUUUAACCUGUUACAGAGCUGUAAAACAAUCUCCCCAUUCACAGCAGGAAAACUGUAGAAGUGUUGUGGUGGAUAAAAUUAAACCUGGUCACUAUGGAGAAACCGUGGAAAUGUGAGGACUGUGGGAAAGGAUUCAAGGCCCCAUCUGAGCUUGAGAUUCAUCGACGGAGUCACACUGGAGAAAGGCCAUUCACCUGCUCCGUGUGUGGGAAGGGAUUUAGUGAUUCAUCCAACUUAUUGAUGCACCAGCGGGUUCACACUGGAGAAAGGCCAUUCACCUGCUCUGAGUGUGGAAAAGGAUUCAGUAGAUCAUCCAACCUGCAAGCACACCAGCGUGUUCACACAGGGGAGAGGCCAUUCACUUGCUCUACGUGUGGGAAGGGAUUUACUUUGUUAUCCCACCUACAGAUGCACCAGCGUGUUCACACAGGGGAAAGACCAUUCAUCUGCUCUAUGUGUGGGAAGGCAUUCACUAUUUUGUCCAAUCUGCAAAAACACCAUCGAGUUCACACUGGGGAGAGGCCUUUCACCUGUUCUGCCUGUGGAAAGGGAUUCGCUCAGUUAUCCCAUCUGCAAACACAUCAGCGAGUUCACACUGGAGAGAAGCCAUUCACGUGUGCUGAGUGUGGGAAGGGAUUCACGGAGCUGUCCAAACUCCAGAUACAUCAGAGAGUCCACUCUGGGGAGAGGCCAUUUGUCUGUUCUGAGUGUGGGAAGGGAUUCACUCUGUCCUCCACCCUGCUGACUCACCAGCGUGUUCACACCAACGAGAGGCCAUUCAUCUGCUGUGAUUGUGGAAAAGGCUUUAAGGAUUCGUCCAGCCUGCUGAUACACCAGCGUGUGCACACUGGGGCGAGGCCCUUCAUCUGCUCCACGUGUGGGAAGGGGUUCACUCAGUCAUCCAGCCUGCUGACACACCAGCGAGUUCACUCUGGGGAAAGGCCAUUCAUUUGCUCUGAGUGUGGAAAGGCUUUCACUCAGUCAUCGAACCUACGAGCGCACCAGAGAGUUCACAAGUGAUGACAGGUCGAACUGUGCCGUUAUGGCUGCUGUUUCUGCAGCUUAAAUCGGGCUUCGUUGGAAGAAUGCAAGAGGCCUCAGACAGAAAUUUGAGCAGGAGAACACAAUGGUGUAUUGAAACGACAAUUGACAGAGUUCAUGUUUGUGGACUGAGCAGAGGUGUCUCCCAGCCUGCAAUUGGUUCUCUCUCUGGUUUAUGGAAAGCUAUCCUCAUUUUACAUCUGCACUCAAUCUGUCUUCCAUCUCCUCCACUGCAAAGAAAACAACCUGAGUCUGACGUCUGAAAUCGAGAGCACAGAUGAGUCACGUAAAGAAAACCACAUUUGAUGCCAGGCCUCUACCUGAAAUCUCAGGACCAUACAAGUUUUCAAUGUUGACACCCACUGUGACCUAUUGGUAAGGAUGACAUGAAAGUCAAGACUGUGCGGUAUGAGGUUGGGAUACCUGUGUGAGAGGGCAGAUGUGAUGUGUUACAUGUGAAGCCAUGAACAUGGGGUUUUCAUGAUGAACUCGCACUGAAGAGCAGGUCCCAAACAUGUGCAGCUCCUUGAAAAACAGCUGAACGUGAAAUGGUUAAUGUGGUCUGGGGAAUGAGACAACAUUGUAACAUCAUCAAGAUUGUAACACGUGCCUCAGAGACAAGCUGACUUUAAAUGAUCAGGAGAGAAUUCAGCCCACGGGAAAUGGUCAGAAAGUGAGGUAGAUUAAUGUGCAAGGGAUGACAAUUUGCAUUGGGACAAUUAAGGCAAUAUUAUGGAGAGAAAAUAUUGAGUAAGAACUGUCCACAGGUUGGUCAUGCGUAAAGAGAAUGCUGGAGAAUCUUUUACGUCUGUCCAUGACCCAUUGCUUGAAGCUUGUAUAUCUGUGUACAAUUAACUUCGACUUUCCAGCACUUCUUCAGGAAAUGGGACCCUAGGCAGCCCAGAACAGAACUAGAAAAUAAGUGUGAAGUUGCGUGAGGGUCAGAGAGACCUCCUCCCCCUCAAAGUGUGAACUGUAAACAUACAGAGGUACAUCUACUUUGGGUUUUCUUACUAGUCAUUAUUAAGUACUUUAUCCUGUCUUUUUUUAUAUUCAUUUAUGAGAUGAGGGUGUCACUGGCUAGGCAGCAUUUAUUGCCCAUUCGUAAUUGCCCAGAGUGCAGUUCAGAGUCAGCUACAUUGCUCUGGGUCAGGAGUCGCAUGUAGGCCAGACCAGGUAAGGAUGGCAGUUUCCUACCUUAAAGGACAUUAGUGAACCAGAUAGGUUUCCUCUGACAAUUGGCAAUGGUCAUCAUUAGGUUCUUAAUUCCAGAUAUUUUAUUGGAUUCAAAUUCCACCAUCUGCCAUGGUGGGAUUUGAACCUGGAUCCCCAGAAUGUUAUCUGGGUCUCUGGAUUAACAGUCUAGCGUUAAUGCCACUAGGCCAUUGCCUCCCCUAUUACACUCUGGAUAAAGAUGGUUAACAGGUGACAAGAUGGAAACUGUAGCUUGGUCCUUCAUUCCUAGACUGUUUUAUCGAUCCUAAAGGCUGUCUUGCCAAAUAUAUGAAUAGGAUGGGAAUAGAGGGAUACGGUCCCCGGAAGGGUAGGGGGUUUUAGUUGUGAAGAGCAGCACGUCGGUGCAGGCUUGGAGGGCCAAAGAGCCUGUUCCUGUACUGUAAUUUUCUUUGUUCUUUGUGUAAGGUGGGGGGCCACACUUCAGCAGAACUGAGAACAAAUCAUUUGCUCUACAAGAACAGGGAGAUCAACAGCUCCCAGAGGUCAGAAAACAACAGGGUCUUGAAUCCUCAACAAUACCAGGUGUCAAGGCCGCUGGGAUUUCACUGGUAGUGAUGGGAAUGCUGACUCCCUGCAUCUAGAAUUGGUGAGGGAGACCAAUUGUCCGAGAGUUUGACGUGACUUGGGCAGGUUCUGUUGGUUCAACGGCAGGUUUUGAAAUUGAUUUGUUCAAAUGAUCCUCAGCAAUGAUUAUGGGUUCAAGUCUGUCUCCUUCUGUCCUUUGCAAUGUCAAGCAGUACAAGAAGGGAUUCCCUGAGCUUAAGAGAUUUGUCGAGGGUUUACACAUUGCACUGAUUGGCGCCAUGGCCUGUGGGGCAGAUGUGGAGAUUGUGCUUCUCCCUAGAGUGUAAAGAUGCUGCUGCUGUGUUUUGAGACGAUUGGUCAAGCAUCGGCAUAUGUCAAGGUCUUAUUUACACUGAAUCAAAUAUCAACAGUGCCACCAACAAAGGUGACCACUUCCAAUAUAUUUUCUAACAUCACUGUGUCAAAAAAAAAGUAAAUCUCAUCUCCCACGCCUGGCUUCUUUGCCAAUGAUCUUAGAGAGACCCCAUUCUGCUAAGGAGUUGCCUACCCCUCUUACCCACUUUCCCUAAAAGACACAAAUUUAACCAGGAAAACGUGAGAGUACAUCUGGAGUACUGUGUCCAAUAUAGGUCAUCUUAGUUAAGGUUGCUUAUAUGUGUAAGCCGUUCAGAGAAAGUUUGAGGCAAAUACAGGCAGUUUGUCUUGUAACUUACUACAGGAAAGACUUGUAUUCGCUGGAGUUUUUAAGAGCAAUAUGUAAAAUCCUGAGGGGUCUUUACAACAUGGUGGAUAUGCAGGGGAUAAUUUUUCUUCCAGGCGAAUUUAGAAUGAAGUUUAAAAAUCAGAAACUUAUAACAGAUGAGGUGUUUUUUUUUUCUCUGAGGGUUACGAGUCUUUGGAGCUUUCUUCCCAAAAUAGUGAUGAAAACAAAGCCCUUUUCCAGCCUCACACUUAUAGACUCUGGCUUCCAGCAUCUGCAGUCCUUGUUGUCUCCAAGUCCUUAAAUAUGUAGUCCUUAACAAAGGUAGGUAGAUUCUGAGGAAAGGUCACCGGACCCAAAACGUUAACUCUGAUUUUUUUUUCUUCACCGAUGCUGCCAGACCUGCUGAGCUUUUCCAGCGACUUCUGUUUUUGUUAUAGGUAGAUUCUUAUUAGACAAGGAGUUGAAAGGUUCUUAGGGGUAGGCGAGAAUGUGGAUUUGAGGUUACAAUCAGGUCACCCACAGUCCCAUGAAAUGGCAGAGUAGGCUUUAGAGGCUGAUAGGUCUCUUCUGCUGCUUGUUUGUAUGUUGAUAAGUUCCUUUUUUUUAAGUGUCAGCAAGUGUGGUUAUACUACAGACGGUCGCUAUUGUGAAUCAUUAAAAGGGAUUGAGCUCCAGUUGUACCAAUAACUUCUUCUUUCACCCCUUUUCAAAUGACUUGCUCAAAUCUAUACACUCAAUAAUGUUUUUUUAAAUCAGAAUUAUUGUGAUUUGGAAUUCAGCGCCUGAAAGAAGCUGGAAACAAAUUCAACUGGAACCUUCAAAAGGGAAUUGGUCAGAUUUUAGGAAAGGAUAGAAAAUUGCUGGAUAAUGCUAUGAAUUUGUAAGCUCUUUCAAAGAAUCAGCAUAAAUAUUUUCUCUGUUGUUUAUCUUACCUAUAUAUAGAUUUUUAUUCUUUUCUAUAAGAAACUUUGAUGUUCUUCUGUUAAAAAAAAUUGGCAGCCAGGCAUUCAAAAAGGAGCUGGGGAGAGUAUAGGUCUAACGUGUACCCUUUAGAGGGAAAUGUAGGAGCAAUCUUGGAUGUCUGGGACAAUUCAGGACUGGAUAAAGAAGAAGAGUAGGUCUUUAGCAAGUCCAAAGGAAGCAUUUCAGCUGCGGAAUACAAGAAGUGCAGGAGGGACCUUAAGAACGCAAUUAGAAGAACAAAAAGGGGGCAUGAGAAGGGUCUUGCGAAGACGAUUAGGGAAAAUCCUAAGAUAUUUUAUAAAUGCAUUAAAAAGAAGAGGUUAACCAGGGACCAACAGGGCAACCUGUGUGUGAAGCCACGGGAUAUUAGAAGGGUGUUGAAUGAAUACUUCUCUACGGUCUUCACUCUGCAAAAAGAAAACAUAGGUACGGAAUUCAGAAGAAGGAACUGUGAGGAACUUGCACAGUUUGACACAGGAAAUGAGGAGGUGUUGGAGGCUCUGUCAGGCUUAAAAAUAGACGAAUUCCCUGGCUUGGCCAAAUUGCAUCCAAGGCUGCAAUGGGAGGCGAGACAGGAAAUAGCAGGGGCUCUGACAUAAAUUUUUAAUUUCUCUCUAGCCACACUGGAAGAGCUAGAGGAUUGGAGGACGUCUAACAUGGUUCACUUUUUAAAAGGGAUGGUAGAGAUGAACCAGGAAAUUACAGACCAAUGAGUCUCACGUUAGCAGUAGGGAAACUAUUGGAUAAAAUUCUGAAGGAGCGAAUUAAUACCCACUUGAAAAGGCAUGGGUUCACUAGGGAUAGACAGCGUUGCCUUGUCAGAGGGAGGUCAUGCGUAACAAAUUUGUUAGAAUUUUUUGAAAGUGUGAUCAAGUGUGUGGAUGAGGGAAGUUCUGUUGAUGUAGUUUGUGUGGACUUUAGCAAAGCUUUUGACAAGGUCCCACAUGCGAGACUGAUUAAGAAGUUUAGAGCACGUGGAAUUCAGGGAAACAUGGUGAGAUGGAUCAGAAACUGGUUUAGUAAUAGAACACAAAGGAUAGCGGUAGAAAUCUGUUUAACGGACAGAAGACCUGUGUCUAGAGGUGUGCCACAGGAUCAGAACUGGGUACCUUAAUGUUUGUUAUAAUGAUCAUAAAUGGUGCAGAUGACAAUGUGGGGGGAAUGUUAAGCACAUUUGCAGAUGACACCAAGAUUGGUAGAGCGGUUAAUAGUGAAAUUUGGUUAUAGAUUACAGGAGGAUAUAGAUGGGUUGUUCAGAUGGGCAGACCAGUGGCAGAUAAUAUUUAACCCUGAUAAGUGCGAGGUGAUGCACUUUGGAAGAAGAAACAAAAUGAGGGAGUAUUUAAUGAAUGGCAGGACGCCAGGUAGCUUAGAAGAACAGAGGGAUCUUGGGGUAAUUAUUCAUUAUCCCCAAAUUCAGCAGAGGACGUGAAUAGGAUAGAUAAGAAGGCAUAUGGGACACUUAGAGUCAUAGGCAUGUACAGCAUGAAAACAGACCCUUCAGUCCAACUCGUCCAUGCUAACCUAGUCCCAGUUGCCAGCAUUUGGCCCAUAUCUCUCUAAAUCCUUCCUAUUCACGUAUUCAUCCAGAUGCCUUUUAAAUGUUGUGAUUGUACCAGCCUCCACCACUUCCUCUGGCAGCUCAUUCCAUACAUUCACCACCUUCUGUGUGAAAAAGUUGCCCCUUGGGUCCCUUUUAAAUGUUUCCCCCUCUCCUUAAACCUAUGACCUCUAGCUUUGGACUCCACUACCCUGGGGAAAAAUAGGCUAUUCACCCUAUCCAUACCCCUCAUGAUAUUAUAAACUUCUAUAAAGUAACCCCUCAGCCUCCGACGCUCCAGGGAAAAUAGCCGCAGCCUAUUCAGCCUCUCCCUAUAGCUCAAACCCUCCAACUCUGGCAACAUUCUAGUAAAUCUUUUUGUGCCCUUUCAAGUUUCACAACAUCCUUCAUAUAGCAGGGAGAUCAGGAUUGAAUAUAGUGUUCCAAAAGUGGCCUAACCAAAGUCCUGUAAAGCUGCAACAUGACAUCCCAACUCCUACACUUGCCAAUAAAGGCAAGCAUGCUUCUUUCAUCAGUCGUAGCACAGAGUAUAAGAGCAAGGAGUAGAUCAUAGAAUCCCAACAGUGUAGAAAUAGGCCAUUCUGCCCAUCGAGUCCACACCAAACCUCUGAAAAGCAUCCCACCCAGACCCACUAUCCCUGUAACACUGCAUUUCCCAUGGCUAACCCACCUAGCGUGCACACAGUGGGUAAUUUAGCAUGGCUAAUCUGCCCAUCUUUGGAGUGUGGGAGGAAACCAGAGCACCCAAAGGAAACCCACACAGAGAUGGGGAGAGUGUCUAUGUGGAGUUUGCACAGUCACCCAAGGCUGGAAUCAAACCUGUGUCUUCAGUGCUGUGAGGCAGUAGUGCUUAGCACUGAGCCACCAUGCCAUCCUUAGUAAUGUUGGAGUUGUGUAGAGUGUUGAUCAGACCACAAGUGAGUACUGUGUGCUAUUCUGGUCAUCCCAUUACAGAAAGGAUGUGAUAGUGCUCGAAUGGGUACAGAGGAGGUUCACCAGGAUGUUGCCUGGGAUGGAGAAAUUGAGCUAUAAGGAGAGACUAGAUAGGCUUGGAUGGUUUUCUCUAGAGCAGGGGCUACCUGAUUGAGGUGUAUAAGAUUAUGAGCGGCAUAGACAGGGUGAAUAGAGAUCAGCUGUUCCUCUUGGUUGAGGGGUCAAACAUGAGAGGGCAUAGUUUUAGAGGUAAGGGGCAGGAAAUUCAAAGGGGAUUUUGGAAAAUAAAACCUUUUCACUCAGCAAAUGGUGAGAAUCUGGAUUGCACUGCUUGGGAAGUAGUGGAGGCUGGAAACCUUUAAAAAAAGUAUUUAGAUGAGUGCUUCAAAUAUCAUAACUUUCAAGGAUAUGGGACAAGUGCAGGAAAUUGUGAUUAGCGCACUUUUAGUGGUAGUUAUGUCAGUGCAGACUCUAUGGGCCAAAGGGCCUUUUCUGAAGCGUUAACUCUGAUUUUUUUUUUCUUCGUGGGUGCUGCCGGACCUGCUGAGCUUUCCCAGCAACUUCUGUUCUUGUUCCUGAUUUACAGCAUCCACAGUUCUUUUGUUUUUUAUGAAUAAGAAAUGUUUGGAGGGAUAUGGACCAGGAGCAGGCAGGUGGGACUAGUUUAGUUUGGGAUUAUGGUCGGCAUGGACUGGUUGGACCGAAGGGUCUGUUUCCAUGCUGUGUGACUCUCUGGCUCUCUGUGCUGUAUGAAUCUAUAAGACUAGAAGUCAGAGCAUUUAACUCUCAGCAAAGGCUGGGGAGCUUUUGUCUAGAAAAAAGGAGACCAAAGUGUGUCCUGAUGGAAGUCUUUAUUCUAUGGAUUCCAUGGUUCUAUGAUUUAAGAUAAUUAAGGCUUCAAUAAUCCAGUAGGGAAUUCAAGAGGAAUCUCUUUACCCAGUGAGUGGUGAGAAUGUGGAAUUCACUCCCUCAGCAAGUGGUGCAGGAAUAUAUUUAAGGGAAUGCUGGAUACAUACAUGAGGGAGAAAAGAUUAGAAGGAUAUGCUGAUGGAUGGAAGAUGAGGAGAGGUGCGAGAUAGUGGUGAACUUCAGAAACUGUUCAAAAACCGAAGGAAGCAGCAAUAACCUAUCUGGAAUAAACUAUUAAAGACAAGGCCAAACUAAUACAGGAAUUGAAAGCAACUAGCCAUGUAUGAGAGAAGGAAUCAAAACUUCAUGAACAAAACUGUUUUGACAUCUACUUGAUAACUGGAUGCCUCACGCCACAAGGAUAAAUGGCUGCUCUGCUGAAUAAUUUUAGGAGUUAAUCACAGGAAAGCUGUGUAUUGAAACAGACAGUUAAGGCCAAAUGUAACAAGGACAAAGAAGUUACUUCUGAUUAGAAGGCAAGCUGCAGACAUGGAUGAAAGAAUCGAAAGAUUCAUCAAUAAUAUUACAUCAUAGACCUGAAGGACGAAAAUCUGUGUAAGAAUCCAACACCAAAGCCCUUCAUUAGCAGAACUUCAAAGAACAACACUGCUCAAGGAUUGAAUCCUGAGGAGGCAGCUCACCACCACCUUCUCAAGGGCAACUAAGGAUGGGGAAGAAAUGCUGGCCAGCCAGCGAUGCCACAAAUGAAUAGAAAAAAAAACAUUUCCAGAGACAUACAGUGUUAGUUGGAAUCAUAGCUAAAUUCCACCAUUAAUCAGGUAGUGGCCAGGUUGAGUUUUGAAGCUUAACUUGCUUACUUGAAGGGUCUUAUUUUGGUUGUUGCAUGCAAUAAAGUUUUAAAUAAUUGUUUCAAUA